AUGAAGCGUGGAGCUGUUGCUGCGAACUACUGCCCUAGGCAGAGCUACUCAUGGAUCAUUAAAGCCAUGUUUAAACAUAGGGAUUUGUUUAUGAAUUCUGUGGCUUGGAGUGAUUUUGUUAAAACAGGUACUUAUCAAACUAGGAACUUAUACCUAGAGAUAAGAGGAGAACGGGAAACGGUUCCUUGGAGGAAUUUGAUUAGAGGGAAUUUGGCUAGUCCAAGGGCUAUGUUUAUAUUGUGGAUGACAUGUCAAAGUAGACUGCAUACCAAAGAUAGGCUUGUCAAAUUUGGUACUUUGACUGAUGGGUUAUGUAUGUUUUGUGGAGAUGUUGAAACUUGUGACCACUUGUUCUUUGAUUGUAGGAAUACAAGUCCCUUUUGGAAUCAGGUUUUGACUUGGAGUCAGAAUACUCAUACUCCUCAAGCAUGGAAGGAUGAAAUACAGUGGAUAACUAAUCAUGCUAAGGGGAAAAGCAACAUAGCGAAGCUUCUUCGAAUUUGCAUUGCUGAAGUAAUAAACCAUGUGUGGAUUGUGAGAAACAAUAGAGUUUUCAACCCUACAAAAAUGGAGCAACUCAAGAUGCAGUGGGUUAUGGACCGGAUCAAGUAUAGGGCGCAGAUUGAUAGGAAACUUGGAGCAUAUGUUGAUAACUUGUAG